AUGAGAGACAGUUGGCAGAUGUUUGAUGUAUGGCACAGCAGCCACUGCUGGUACUUGGGCAGCGGUAUAUCCAAUGUGUUCAGUUUCAACUUUAGCAGGGACACUGUAUGCAAGGUAUCCUUCGGAUGGGAUAUCAUUUAUGUAAGUUACUCCGGCUGGAUUCAAAUAUGGCAUUCUGAUAGAUACAAAUCCACCAUAUCCACCUUGCAGCAAAGCAGCUGCCAUUGUGAAGAGAACUCCGAACUUCAUCCUGGGAUGAUGUGAUUGUAAAUAAUUUUCUUCGAAACGUGCAUUUUGAAAUGAGAUUUUCAAUUUAAAUUUCCCGAAAAAGGAGCAAAGGAAAAAUUUUACACUGAUCAUAAGAUAUAUUUUGCAUCGUUGCAUUUAAAUAAGAAUAUGGAUCUGGCUAUCACUGGAAAGCACUUAUCGAAACAAAUGUUAUGGCUCUGUUGGAAUAAAAAUUGUAUGUCACACUGGACAUACAAUUAUCGUUAUAUAUAUAUAUGGAGCUCCUCCCUCUUUCUCUCUCUUUCCCUCUCUCUCUC